AUCUUUAAUUUAGAAAAGAAAAGCUAUUAAAAAAAAAAGUGCUAAGAGAGGAGUUGAGGUUAAGAAGGGAGGGGGUGGAUGCGAAGAGAUUGAAGCAAUAGCAAUGGAGGGACAGGGACAGGCACAGGCACAGGCACAAUCGCAGGCACAGUCACAAGAGCGGCUGAACCAGGCAGUGCAGCAGCAGCUAAAUCUGGAACAAGUGAAGACCCGUGCUAUUAGCCUCUUCAAAGCCAUCUCUCGUAUUCUGGAAGAUUUCGAUGCCUACGCUCGCACCAACACCACUCCCAAAUGGCAAGACAUUCUCGGCCAGUAUUCCAUGGUCAACCUUGAGCUUUUCAACAUCGUCGACGAAAUGAAGAAGGUCUCCAAGGCAUUCCUUGUCCAUCCCAAGAACGUUAAUGCCGAUAAUGCCACCAUACUUCCUGUUAUGCUUUCCUCAAAACUACUCCCCGAAAUGGAGAUGGACGACUGCUCUAAGAGAGAUCAACUGCUUCAGGGGAUGCAAAACCUUCCAAUCGCAACUCAACUCGACAAGUUGAAGGCUAGAAUUGAUAUGAUUGCAGCUGCCUGUGAAGGUGCUGAGAAGGUCUUGGCUGACACUCGCAAAGCCUAUUGCUUCGGAACACGUCAAGGCCCAACCAUUGCCCCCACUUUGGACAAGGGCCAGGCUGCCAAAAUUCAAGAACAAGAAAAUAUACUCCGUGCUGCUGUCAAUGCUGGCGAUGGAUUAAGGAUACCCGCAGACCAGAGGCAGAUUACUCCUGCACUUCCACUGCAUUUGGCAGAUGCACUUGCUGUCAACGAGGCUGCACAGUCUUUUCCUGAUGGAUCUGGUAUGUAUAUGAAGAAUACCCCGCAGUCUUCAAACAGCAUGGCUGGCCAGAAUUCAUUGUUACAGACCUCAGGAUCACAACUUUUGGGAAGAUCUGCAGCAUCUCCUUCUGCUGCAACCAGCACCGCUUCUUUUGACAAUACAACAGCUUCACCUAUCCCAUAUGCCAAUUCACCUAGGUCUUCUACAAACAUGAUGAAUACACCAUCCCCUCAGCAACAAACUCCACAACAGCAGCAGCAGCAGCCAUCAGCACAGCAGCAGCAACGGCAGAAACUGAUGCAGUUACCUCAACAGCAGCAGCAGCAACUUCUUGCUCAGCAGCAAUUCAGGCAAUCUGCAAUUGGGCUGGGACAGUUGCAUGGACAACAUCAGAUGCAGUUUUCUCAACCACUUGGGCAUCAGCAAUUUCAGGGUAGGCAGCUGCCUUCUGGACAUGUUCAGCAUAACAUUGGUCAAGGCCAACUCAAUCAAGGAAAUCAGAUGACUCGAUUAAGCCAGUUUUCUGGUCCUGCUAACAGUGCAUUAUUCAGUGCUGCUCAAACUACACCUAAUACCCAAAUGAUUCCAAACAUUUCAGCUACAAUACCUUCACAGUCUCUUCUACCACGGGUGCAGUUCGGGUUAUCUGGAAACAACCCUCAGCGAAGUCAUGCUUCCCAAAUGAUGAGUGAUCAAAUAUUUAACAUGGGAAGUGGCAAUCCUGGUGGUAUGAUGCCCAUACAACAGCAGCAACAUGGUUCACAAGCGUUUGGUAGCAUGGCAUCAAAUGCACAGAAUCUACAAUCUGGCAUGGUGACCCUUCCGAACGCACAACAGAAUCAUCCCAAUUUCUCCCAACAGAGACAACAAAAUCCACAGUAAUAGGGCUGGGCAUGGAUGGAUUCAGUUUAGAAAACUGAACCGAACCAUGUUGCUCUAGAAAUAUGGUUCCCUAAAACUGAAUCUAGCCUUUUUUUUAAUUCUUUUUUUUUACGAAAUUGUUUUAAUUUUGUUAAAAAAAGAACUUAACUGGUUCCAGUUAAUAGGAUUUAUAGUGUGCUUGUAUUAAUGCAUUACAAUAUUGCAAACAUGCAUUAGAAUUUAGAAAUUAGUUUUUGUGAAGAACAUAAUAGGGCUUAGUGAUUCAGAAUUAAAUUUUAUUCUUUUAGGCACGAUAUCCUAUGAUGUUCAUUAUGUUUUUACUAAAGCAAACCCAAACACGACGAAGGGUAUCGGUCCACCCCGCUUUUCACCCCAAAUUUUGAUUGGGUUUUUUUAAUUCCCCAUAAUAAAGAGCUUGAAAAGGAGUUGCCAGCGGGGAUGGUGAUGGAACUGUAGAGAUGUUUACUUUUCGCAUCACAAUUUUUUUUAAUCACUUCG